AUGCCAGGCACCCCGCCAACAUCAGCCACUUUCAAAUCCCACACUGUCAUCCCACCGAAAACAGACUCGCCAGCCAAUGUCCUCCUUCUACUCCACUCCAUUGGCGAUGGACCAGAGAAUUUUGCAAAUCUCGCGCGAAAUCUAAAUCUCCCAGAAACUACUUGCAUCUCACUAUGCGCGCCGAACAACUUACCAUUCGGUUUACCAGGUUAUCAAUGGGGCGAAGAUGUCGUAUUCCAGGGCCAAGAUCUAAGUCUUGACGUAAAAUUCGCAAAAGCUGGGUUUAAAACUUUAAAAACAGUUGUCGAGAAGUUGAUAGCUGAUGGAUGGAAACCGAGAGAGAUAUUCUUCUUCGGAUGGGGACAAGGAGCUAUCUGUGUUUUUGACUACCUUUGCCGCGAGGGGACCGAGUGGACCGGCAUGACGAGUGAAUUUGGGGGAGUCGUCAGCAUUGGUGGCAUUAUCGGAUCCGAAGUGAAGACUGUGGUGACAGAUGUUGCGAAGAAGAGUAAUACACCGGUUGUAGUCUGCGGUGGGAGAAACGGACUACUCACAGCAAGGGCAGCGGAUCGGGUGAAGAGCUUCUUCAAGGAUGUCCAAGUCGUGAAAUGGGAUCGUGAGGGUGACGGUAUGAUGAAUGACGCGAAGGAAGCGCUCCCUGUAAUGCAGUUCUUUUCGAGAAGACUAUUGAGCAGGAAGGGAGUUCCAGAAGGCUUCUCUGAACUUGAGGCUUGA